AUGACAAGCCCAUCCGGUCCGGACAACACUAAUGGUUUGAGUGGUUGGGGAGCCACGCUCACCGACUAUCAUGUGAGCAGAGGAGCGAAACGUCGACAACCGCGGAGAACAGCCCGUGUCCAAACUAAAAGGAGGAAACGGGGAAGGGGGCAACCACCUCGCCUUGCUCCUCAUUUAGAUGAGUUUGAUCAAUACACUCGUGUUCUAGCAUCUGAUGAAGAGACAGCCUUCCCUGGACUCGAUAGCACAUUUGGUCCCGAUGACGGCAUUGAAGCCGAACAAGGGGAAGAGCAGCUGGGUGAUGUGUGGCUGGCAAUGACAGGGACACCUCUGGAUAUGAUGGUUGUGCAGAUGGAAAACGCAUGUGGUCCAGUAUCUUCGAAUUCAAUUCCUGAAUCCUGCCUCGACGACAUAAAGAAUCACGACAACUAG